AUGUCAUUAAUCCCAGCAGAAUUACAAGAACCAACAGCAAUCUAUUCACUUUUAUUCACAUUGCUGCUAAUCACCGUGUCAUUUGUCGCAGCAUAUGGAUUUCUAUCGCGUGAGAAAUUCAAGACAUCAGAGAAAUAUGUGUUUGCGUGGUUAACGUGGGAUGCGUUAGUGCAUUUUAUUCUGGAGGGAUCAUUUGUAUAUAUGUCCGUUUUAGGACGGACAGUGGAGACUAGUUCUGGUCGAAUGGCUGAAUUAUGGAAAGAAUAUGGAAAAGCCGAUUCAAGGUGGUUAAUCGCCGAACCGACAGUAGUCUCAAUAGAAAUCCCCACAUUUAUAGUAUGCGGUCCACUUUCCGUACUAGUACUAUGGGCAAUUAUAAAAGACCACCCCAUUAGACACCCACUACAAUUCCUUUUAUGUACUUGUGAAUUGUAUGGAGGAUAUUUAACUUGGAUGCCGGAAUAUUUGACCGGAAAUAAGUCUCUUGCCACUGAUAAUCCUCUUUACCUAUGGGUUUACAUGGUGUUAUUUAAUGGUCUUUGGGUUCUUGUCCCCAUGUUUUUAUUGAUUCAAUCUUGGUUUGAAUUACUUCUUGCUGCUGAAUUUUUGAUUCAACAUCGGCAAGCUAAGAAAUCUUUAUAA